AGCUGCGCUUGCUUGCUCAGUGGUGCUCACUAGUAUUCUCAGUAUCCGCCCAGGAAGGAAGGUAGCUAAGCUAGCGUUUGCCGGCCGGCCGGCGAUCUCGAGCUCCCAUGGACGGCGGCGGCGAUUAUCCUGCUUCGUUCUGCGGUGAUGAGCGCAGCCGCGGCUCGGCGCUGCAGCAGGAGCAGGACCUGCCGAUCACGGAGGAGCAGCUUCAACAGAUCUACCUGCUGAUGGACAUGGAGGAGCAAGGGCACGCGGAGCCGCCCCCCUCGUCGCAGUCGUCGACGUUCCCUGCUGCCUCCUUCUCUGCAAGUCCCGACGAGGCCUCGUCGCUCAUCAUGCCGGGGAGCAGCAGCCUUCUCGACACGAUCCCAAAUCUGGAAGAACUUAUUGCGUGCCAAGAAGGACUUCAUGGGCGAGAUCGGCGCAGGAACGGCGGCCAUGAUGCUCGCGGCGCGUUCAUGCCGUACAGCCGCCACCUCAGCACGAGGAAGAGGCCCAAGCCAGGCGCCGGCGGCGCCGGCGGGCAGAGGGCGAUCAAGGCGGCCAUGUCAGCCUUGGCGAGGAUGCACAUGGCCAGGCUCGCCCAGUGGCAGCGCUACCAGAUGGAGAUGGCGGCGGCGGUGGCGCCGCCCACCGCCAUCUCCAGCGACAACCAGCUGCAGCACGUUUUGUCGGAGCGCAAGCGGCGGGAGAAGCUCAAUGACAGCUUCAAGGCUCUCAAGGCAGUGCUACCCCCUGCGCCCAAGAAAGAUAAGGCAUCCAUACUGAUCAGAGCAAGGGACUAUGUGAACACUCUCAAGUCUAGAUUGUCUGAGCUAGAGGAGAGGAACAGAAGGCUGGUAGAAUUGAUGCAGCGCCAAUGCGACGAUGGGGGUGAUCGAGAUGAUGUUUCCGAUGAAAAGAUUGAAGUAGAUAUCAACAGAGCAGCAGCAGCAGACGAAACAUCACAUGAAUUUCACCUGAAGAUUGUGGUGAGGUCAGGGUGCAAUGCCAUGGAUGCUGUAGUUGCUAUACUUGAGUGCCUCAAGGAGCUAGGGGACGUCAGAUUGGCGGCCGCGGACACGGGCCGCAGAGCCACAACCUUAGCAUUACAAAUGAAGACUAGCGGAUGCGAUGAUAAUUUCCUGAAAGAAUCAGUUAUCAAGAAUGUCAAGGGUGUGAUGCAGUCAAAGAUAGAGACAGCCUAAGCUUCUCUGCUCCUUCGGUUGAAAUGGGAUCCGAUUGACUUUUGUGGUUUUUAAGAAGACCAAAUAAGCAAAUGACCAAGCAGUGAAUGCAAUCAGCCAAAAUGUCCAACAUAUGGACAUGUUCAGGGAGACUGAGUUGCUAUUAUUGAUUAUUGAGCUGAAUGUGGAGGUCAAUGGAGGAACGAAGAAAAAGCUUUGUGAUGACGUUCAAUUUUGAUUGGUAUCCUGAUGAGACUGUUCCUGUAACAGUACACAGUUACUUCACAGAAGAAACCUGUGAGAAAAAAAAAUAUGAACAUGUAAAAGAACUAUGCAUGCAUGUAAACAAAACUGAAAAAAGAUCUUGUUGUCUGUGAUGCUGAAGACUUACGUCAAUGCUUACGAGUAGGUGCCACUGAGCUGUCUGAAGAGUUUGAAAAUAUAAGUACGUAGCAACAAUGAUGAAAGAUGAUCACUUGAGAUUC